UCGAAUUCGUGGUCUCCCCUCCGCGCGUCGACGUCGUGCCACCGUCUCUGCUUAUCCCUCCAUAGUCUAAUCGCUUAACCCAUUCGCCGGCUUCCAUUGGCCUUACUUAAGGGUUUAGGGUUUCAUCUUCCACUUCCAGCCAAUGCAAAGCUUGUAACUUUAUAUCCAUGGCUGCUUCUGAUCAACGCCGCUCUCGCCAGGAAGAAGGAAGCCCUUCAAAGCCCAACAAGAAGAAGAAGGCAAACAGAAACCCGGAGACGAAUCUCCUCUUCAAUCUCAAUUCAUGCUCCAAGUCCAAGGAUCUCUCAGCUGCAUUAGCCCUUUAUGAUGCAGCCCUCGUUUCCAACGAUGUCAGCCUCAGCCAACAACAUUUUCAGACCCUUCUUUACCUCUGCUCGGCUUCCAUUAGUGACCCGUCUCUUCAAAGCCUUGCCAUCGACCGUGGCUACCAGAUAUUUGACCGUAUGGUUAGUUCAGGGAUAAGUCCUAAUGAGGCAUCUGUCACUUCAGUGGCUCGGCUGGCUGCUGCUAAGGGUGAUGGUGAUUAUGCUUUCAAGAUUGUCAAGGACUUUGUUUCUGCUGGCGGCACAUCGAUUCCACGUCUGAGGACCUAUGCACCGGCUUUGCUCUGUUUCUGCGAGAAGUUGGAGGCUGAAAAGGGUUAUGAGGUGGAAGAACACAUGGAUGCUGCAGGUAUUGAAUUGGAGGAGGCUGAGAUCUCGGCUUUGUUGAAGGUAAGUUGUGCCACGAGCCGGGAAGAUAAGGUUUAUAGAUAUUUACAUAAAUUAAGGGAAAGUGUUGGCUAUGUCUGUGAAGAAACUUUGAAAGUUAUUGAGGAAUGGUUCUGUGGAGAGAAAGCUGGUGAGUUUGGUGAUAAUGGGAUUGGUUCUGAUGCUGGGAUGCUUAGAGAAGCAAUUUUGAAGAAUGGAGGUGGGUGGCACGGGCAUGGGUGGAUUGGUGAAGGCAAAUGGAUUGUGAAGAAAGGUAAUGUUAGCUCAACCGGAAGAUGUUUGAGCUGCAGUGAGCAGUUGGCUUGUGUAGAUACCAAUGAGGUGGAAACACAGAAGUUUGUGGAUUCUUUGGUGUCUUUGGCUAUGGAGAGGAAGUCAAAGAUGAACUCAUGCGAGACAAAGGGGGACUUCAGCGAGUUUCAGGACUGGCUUGAGAAACAUGGAGGUUAUGAAGCUAUAGUAGAUGGAGCAAAUAUUGGGCUGUACCAACAAAAUUUUGCAGAUGGUGGUUUCAGUCUUCCACAGAUUGAAGCUGUGGUGAAGGAACUUUACCAUAAAAGUGGUAAUAACAAAUGGCCUCUAAUUCUCUUGCACAAGAAGCGUGUCAAGACGCUUUUAGAAAACCUAACUCACCGGAAUCUAGUUGAGGAAUGGAUCAAUAACGGUGUCCUAUAUGCGACUCCACCAGGUUCCAAUGACGAUUGGUAUUGGCUCUAUGCUGCUGCUAAGCUCAAGUGUUUGCUUGUGACAAAUGAUGAGAUGAGAGAUCACAUUUUUGAACUCUUAGGGAACAGUUUCUUCCAAAAGUGGAAAGAAAGGCAUCAGGUUCGAUAUACCUUUUCGAAAGGUAAUCUGAAGCUUGAAAUGCCGUCUUCUUUUUCGGUUGUCAUUCAGGAAUCAGAGAAAGGGUCAUGGCACAUUCCUGUUUCAUGCCAAAACAUUGAGGAGUCUUCAAGAACUUGGAUAUGUAUCCGCAGAAAAAGUGUUUUAGAUUCACCAAAGUUUAAUGAAAAGCUUGCAACUUCUGGAAAUGGGAAGAUUCUUAGUAGCUGCAACAACAACAGCUUAUUGAGUUCAUGUGAUGCAGGUAAUGAUCAGAAUUGAGAUUCUGGAAUCACAAUGGACCAGGCUCUUUGCUAGUUAGAUCCAUAGUUUAAUUAAUGUUGUGAGUUUUAUAUAAUUUUUUUUUUCAAGGAUGAAUAUUAACACAAAACAUCAUUGUUUAUUUCACU